UCAUCACGGUGUGAAAGUCGUACAGUUCACUAAUGGACUCGCAAGUGACUUGUUCAAUUACGUUUGGAACGACCGAAGGUGAAAGAAUAAGAUAGAUAAGUGAGAUAAGUCGUCUUUCCAAGAAUCUUUCUCAUUACGCCAUCAUCGUUCAACUUGAUUCGUCUGGUGGCUAUCACAUAGUGUCACAUAACCUUUGGAAAGAUGUCUCAUGAUCAUCAUAUAAUGGACAAUACAGGAAACGUAUCCCACGAUAUGCAUAUGACUCAUCAUAGUAUAGAUCAUGGGAGCAUGCACAGUAUCGAAGCUUCGGCAGACAGCAUGUGCAGUGGCAUGGGCAUGCACGGUAUGUCGAUGAUGUUCCACACCGGUUACUGUGAGGUAGUAUUAUUCGAAAAUUGGAAAAUCUCAUCGAUAGGCGGUCUCAUUGGUUCGAUGAUUGGUAUCGCUAUUAUGGCUGCGCUCUAUGAGGGCUUAAAAUAUUACCGAGAGUAUCUAUUCUGGAAAACGUACAACGCCCUGCAAUAUAGAAGCGUUACGGUGCCCAAUGAGAAGAAUGUGGUAGCCGAAGACAACCGGGUCGUUCAUAUGGUUGGCGAAGUAAUCCACAAACAACCGCCGACUAUGAUGUCCUGGAUGCAUCUGUUUCAAACGUUUCUGCACAUUAUACAAAUCGUCCUAUCUUACUUUUUGAUGUUAAUCUUCAUGACUUAUAAUGUCUGGCUGUGCUGUGCCGUGGUAUUGGGUGCUGCCGUUGGUUACUUCCUGUUCGGUUGGAAGAAAUCAGUGAUCGUAGACGUUACGGAACAUUGUCAUUAGCAUUUAGUAAAUCGCUUUAAUCUACUCCUUUUAACUGUAUUUGCGUGAAAGUACGUGCACGACUGCAAUCUGGCAGAAAUGCAAAAAAAUAAGAGGACGGAGAUUAAAUUACGUACGUUAUCUUCUACGAGAAAUGACGUAUAGAGAAUCAAUGUUCUCUAAAUUCAUGACACACAGUGGAUAUAUAAGUGCAGCAAACAGGCGAGAAUUAUUUAUUCUACUAGUGUUCCAUAAUUUAGCUUUUAAUACCUCUUAUAAUUCCUUAUUUUUAUCGUAAAAA